AUGACCAAAGAAACCCCGCCGUCAGAGCUCAAUGUUUAUGUUUCGAGCCGAAAUGGCCGCGGCCCACGGGCCAAGGAGACCACGUUCCGCGAAUGGGUGGUCAACAACCAAAUCGGGAUCUCGAUGACCAUCCUGGCUAUGUUGCUGGCUCUUCAUAACCUUUACCCGUCGCUUCGCCCGUAUACCCAACCCUUCUUUCAAUUGUCCUACUACAAUCCAUCGGGUGAUUACUAUGUUCAAGGCUGGGACGAUGUGUACUUCGUCAUCAGCGCUGCGCUGGCCCUUACUGCGGUUCGCGCGUUCGCAAUUGAAUGGGUCCUACAGCCGCUCGCCUGCAGGGCAGGUCUGAAGCGGAAAGGUUCGGUCCGGUUUGCCGAACAGGGAUGGCAGGCAAUGUAUUAUGGUGCCAUCUGGGCCGUUGGAUUGUACUUGUGGAAGAACUCCUACUAUUGGUUCGACUUUGGUGCUAUCUGGGCAGAAUGGCCUGCACGCCCGCUUUCAGGCUUGAUGAAGUGGUAUUUGCUCGUGGAGUUGGCUUUCUUGGUGCAGCAGAUCUUCGUCAUCCACGUGGAGGAGCGUCGCAAGGACCACUAUCAAAUGCUGUCGCACCACAUUAUUACAAGCACUCUUUUAAGCUCGGCUUAUAUCUACGGCUUCUACAAUGUGUCCAACGUGGUGCUGUGCUUGAUGGACGUCGUCGACUUCCUUCUUCCCUCAGCAAAGAUCCUGAAGUACUUGAAGUUUGAAAAUGCCUGCAAUGUAGCAUUUGGGGUUUUCAUGUCCGUCUGGUUCGUCACCCGACACGUCCUGUAUAACAUGCUAUGGUGGUCCAUCUAUAAGAAUGUGCCCUCCCAGAUGUCCUACGGGUGCUACUCGGGUGUUACGUCCGAGAUGAUCAGCGACAAUGGUUACCCCAAUGCCUUUGCAUACCUGUUCGCUCCUUUCCGUGGCCUGGAGAACCCCAUCUGCAUGAACCGCACCAUCAAGUGGAUAUUCCUGUCCUUCCUCCUGUCUUUGCAGGGAUUGUCGAUUGUCUGGUUUACCAUGAUUGUGCGUGUCGCCUACGGUGUUGUUGUCACUGGCAAUGCAGAGGACACCCGUAGCGACGAAGAGGACGAGGUCGAACUUGACGGCGAAGCACUACCCAACGGAUCUGCGCGGCUGGCCGCUCAGGAUGGUGCGAACACCACCCCCGUUGUCAGCGAUAGUGCUCCGGGCUUGGACCGGCGCCGGUCCAACGGCACUGCCUCAUUGCGUGCCCGUGGUCGUGGCCGCGUGCCUUUUGAUCAGAGUGACCGAAAAGCUCUAUUGGGUCGCAUUGGAUGCGAGAAGCCUACAUAA